UCUCCGACAAGCCGGGGGAGAGGCGAAGGAAACGCAGGAGCGCAGCGAUGGAGCAAUUUUAAUAGAUAACAUCAACCUCUCCCAUCGGAGAAAACUGAGCAGAGUCAUCUACAUGACCGAGGAAGCGAGACCGGCAACGAGAGACGCACGAGUAACAAUCAUGCAAUUUAAAUACAGAAGAAUCUGAGCACCUCCUGUUUCUUCAAGGUUAGACCGCCUGGAGACACCCCGCAUCCCCCUUGUCGCAGAUCAGCUGGCGGAUACGUUGGUUGGUCGUCCCCUCCAGCCGGCACCGACCAUGUCCGUGGAGGAGCAGCGCUACUCCGACGCUAUGCUGUUGCGGGACGCCGGGCCGGAGUGGUUGCGGGCCGAGAUCGAGCGGCUCUCCCGGGAGCUGACCGAGACCACGAACGAGAAGAUCCAGGCGGCGGAGUACGGGCUGGCGGUGCUGGAGGAGAAGCAGCAGCUCAAGCAGCAGUACGACGACCUGGAGAUCGAGUAUGAGACCGUCCGACAGGAGCUCGACCAGCUCAAAGAGGCCUUUGGACAAGCCUACUCCAAUCACAGGAAGGUGGCAGCAGACGGGGAGAGUCGUGAGGAGUCUCUGAUCCAGGAGUCGGCCUGUAAGGAGGCCUACUACGAGCAGAAGGUCCUGGAGCUGCAGACUGAGCUCCGACAGGCCCGCAACAUCCUCACCAACACCCAGUCUGAGAACGAGCGCCUGACCACCAUCGCCCAAGACAUGAGAGAGAGCAGCCAGGUGGUGGAGCUGCAGAGGAAUCAGCUGCGUGAUGACAUCAAGGAGUACAAGUUCCGGGAGGCCCGUCUGCUGCAGGACUACACCGAGCUGGAGGAGGAGAACAUCUCGCUGCAGAAACAAGUCUCCAUGCUCAAACAGAGCCAGGUGGAGUUUGAGGGUUUGAAGCAUGAGAUCCGUCGUCUAGAGGAGGACACCCAGUUCCUUAACAGCCAGCUGGAGGAUGCUAUCCGCCUGAAAGAGAUCGCGGAGCGUCAGCUAGGAGAGGCUCUGGAGACCAUCAAGACUGAGCGGGAGCUGAAAUCCUCCCUGAGGAAGGAGCUCUCCCACUACAUGAGCAUUGGAGACACCCUGUACCACAGCCCACUCAGCAUCUCUCUGGACGGUCUCAAGUUCAGUGACGAUGCCGCCACCGAACCCAACAACGACGAGGCUCUCCACGGAUACGAGAAUGGCUUCAGCAAGCUGGCCAAUGCCAUCACCGAGGACAACCGUAUCUCCACGCCCAAGAAGGAUGAGCUGUUCCGUCCCGUGCCAAGCCUGGUGGAUGACCUGCUGAGCGAACUCAACAUCUCGGAGAUCCAGAAGCUGAAACAGCAGCUGAUGCAGAUGGAGCGUGAGAAGGUGAACCUGCUCUCCACCCUGCAGGACUCCCAGAAACAGCUGGAGCAAGCUAAUGGCGCUCUGUCUGAACACCAGGAGAAGGUCAACCGCCUCACAGAGAACCUCAACGCUAUCCGCAAGCUCCAGGCCAGCAAGGAGCGCCAGUCUGCCCUGGACAACGAGAAAGAGCGCGAUAGCCAUGAAGAUGGAGAUUACUAUGAGGUUGACAUCAACGGACCUGAGAUCCUGGAGUGCAAGUACAAGGUUGCAGUGUCUGAGGCAGGUGAGCUGAAAGAGGAGCUGAAGACCCUGAAGGCAGAGUACCAAAGCUGUCAGUCACGCUAUGAUGAAGAACGUGCCCGUCUAGAAAACGAUGUCACAACGCUGGGAGAGAAGCUGGCCACUCUGGAGAAGACCAGCCAUGCCGAGAGAGAGGAGAAGGCUAGGCUAGAAAAGGAGCUGCGCAAGGUGAGCGAUGUGGCAGGCGAAUCCCAGGGUAGUCUGAGUGUUGCACAAGAUGAGCUGGUCACCUUCAGUGAAGAACUGGCCACCCUUUACAACCACGUUUGCAUGUGCAACAACGAGACACCCAACCGCGUCAUGCUCGACUUCUACAAGGAGGGCAAGGGCGGUCGCAGCAGCCCAGAGGGCCGGGGCCGCCGCUCUCCCAUCCUGCUCACCAAGGGCCUGUUCCCUGAGCCCGGUAAGACCGACCUGAGUGAUGGAGCCCCAUCUCCCGUCUCCUCCCUUCCCUCUCCUGUGUCUGAUCACCGUCGCGAACCCAUGAACAUCUACAACCUGGUGGCUAUCAUCAGAGACCAGAUCAAGCACCUGCAGCUGGCCGUGGACCGCACAACGGAGCUGUCGCGCCAGAGGAUGGCCUCCCUGGAGCUCGGCACCGUGGCUGACAAGGACAAGGAGGCCUGCAUGGAGGAGAUCCUCAAGCUGAAAUCCCUGCUCAGCACCAAGAGGGAACAGAUCGCCACUCUGAGGACUGUCCUCAAGGCCAACAAGCAGACAGCUGAGGUGGCUCUGGCCAAUCUGAAGAGUAAGUAUGAGAAUGAAAAGGCCAUGGUGACAGAGACCAUGAUGAAGCUGAGGAACGAGCUCAAAGCCCUCAAGGAAGAUGCCGCUACCUUUUCCUCUCUCCGGGCCAUGUUCGCCACACGUUGUGACGAGUAUGUCACCCAGCUGGAUGAGAUGCAAAGGCAGCUGGCCGCAGCAGAAGACGAGAAGAAGACCCUGAACUCCCUGCUGCGCAUGGCCAUCCAGCAGAAGCUGGCGCUGACCCAGCGUCUGGAGGACCUGGAGUUCGACCACGAGCAGACCCGCCGCGGGGGCAGCGCCGGCCGCGCCAAGGGCCGCAGCAAGGCUGCCACCAGCACCGCCAACAAUCCCCACGUAAGUCAGAGUGUCACCUGCUCUGGCUCUGGCCACCCAGAGCACAACAACGCAUUGCCCAAUGGCAUCAUUGGAGGCCCCAUGGUCUUCUGCAGCGAGAAGUACAAGAUCUACUGCGACUGAGGCGGCUAAGAAGUCCGCAAGGGACUGCUGUGUACAGAGGGGAGGUGGCCCGCUGGCCAAGCCUCCCCUGCCUUAGUGUUAAAGAGCCCCACUCGCUCGCUUAGCUCCCUGGCCAGCCUGCGCUCCUGUAGGGCCCGCUGUGUGUCUAACCUUCAUAUGCUCACGGCUGCUCAUGCCUGCUAGUGUAAACACUUAGGGGAAUGCAGAUGUAUGUACAGUGUGCACUAGACGUUUGGGACUGUAGUAGACAUAUGGCAUGUGGAUUACAGGGCCCCCGAUCAUAUUGGGGUUUUUGUGGAUAUUAUGGAGUGUCUAUUCUUUCCGCUGUCAUGGUGCUGUACGUAUGAUGUUAAAGGUGGCAACUUCUGUGCUUAUUUGUCCUGACCCCCUGAGUGUAUUGCCUGGUUACAGUAACACAAUUAGGGGUGGAGACUUGUAAAAGAAGAUGUCAUUCAGGUGGCUGACCGUCACGCAACUGCAUUUGACGUCUUCUGCUCUGCAGCUUGUCUGUUGCGCCGGUGCUCCUUUUAAAAUGGCCCCCUUCCUCUUCCUGCCUCUCUUUCCUGGUUCCCCCCAGGACAGACCUGUCCAGCUGCCCACUGUCCAAUCAGGUCGCUCUUAAAUGUUUACAAGAACAAAAAGAAACAAAAAUAUGCAAUCUCCUGCCAUGGUGGCUACGAGAGUACAGUGUGAUUUGCUGUUGUCUUAGCAGAAAUUCAAAACUCAUAAGUGGGUUGGCUGACAGUUUUGUGUUGGAAGUGGGCAGAAAAGGAGCACCUGUGACCACAGGUGUUCAUUUUCAGGAUUAUUUUAACGCUGUGAUGCUAGCACACCAACAUAGUAGGGCCAGUAGAAUCGCAUGGCUUCGCAGCUGAAAUGCUUAUGAGCUUUUUUUAACAGUUUUUCUGUUGCCAGGUGUGUGGUACAAUGCAAAUUCAUGUACUACAGGGCUCUACAUUGUGAAGAGAGGAGUUAUUUGGUGUCUGCUGAAAUACAAGAGGGCUAUUCCAUGUGACCCAUUAUGUUACGGUGGAUUCUUUCAGAGCCAUAUCACGAGAGAAAGAAAGUUUGACAAAUCGAUCUCCACACCCAAAUUAAGUGCACUUCAGCAAAAGGUGCCUCAGGUUCCUACUUCUAUCAAAAUGGAUAUAAUGAUUACUGUGAACAGAGAUACAAUAUAGUUUUGAUCAAAGAUGAUUUUUUAAAAACGGAGCAGAACCUAAAAGAGCACAAAUCAAACAGGCACCCACAUCUGGAUAAUAAAUCUGCAAACUAAACCAACCGACAUCGCUUGACAAAGUGCCUGUCGACCCAAAACACUUGAUGUAUUUAUCUUUCUGUUGAUGUAAAGCCCUGUCCUUCUGUCUGAGCUUGAGCUAACACUCACCUUUUCCUUCUCUCCCAGUUGCUCCCCCUGUCUUCUUUCUCCCCAUGUCUACUUUUGGGAGAUCGGGCCGAGCUCUCAAAUGAUCUCUGUGUGGUUAAUGUGGCUGAAAACUCUGUCCUUAUGUCUCUAACCUGUGUCUCUGUUGCUCGGUCGUCUCGAUGACCUUCUCUCUUUUAGAUUGUCAGCAGCUUGCUCCCCCUGCAUCGCCACUCACCCUUUAACUAGAAUGAGGGAGUGUGGGGAAAAUUGCCCUCUGAAUAUUUUUGUCAGGUAACGUCCUCACGCACGUGUGUUCCAGAUACUUGCCUGUGUGUAUAUCUCAGCAAUGAAGUGAAAGGCCCUCGAGUGUGUGUGUGUGUUGUAUUUGAUGAUCUUUGCAAAUGGAGGGUCAUUCAUUUCUCUCUUUUUUUUCUGUUGUUUGGUGUGUGAGGACAAACCAAUGUACUGUUUUAGUAUCCAGAAUAGCUUUAACCCCUUUGCAAGCUAGCAUUACGCAGAUAGGAAAAAUAAAAGUGGGGCUUGUGUUAGAUAAAUCCAUGUACUGCUUGUGGAUCAUAAACACAUAAGCUUUAUGAUGCUAAAAGCAGGGUUGAUGUGAGGAAAUCCAGCAAGAUUGAUUGAAUUAUGCUUUUUCUACUACCAAUAACCCGCAUAUAAAACUCUAUAUUCUUAAUAGUAUCGCGUUCAGGUUAUAAUCUUGCAGGAUCCUCGAACAGUAUUCCUUCCUCUCCGAUAUGAAGAGAGGGAGCAUCUUUGUUCCCCAGAAAGUGGAACAGCCUCAGCGGUCAACCCUGCUUGAGUGUGCGUCCAUAAGCUGCAGCACAGAGCAUGGAGACAAAGCUAUUGUGCACAUUAGGAAAAAAUAUAACCUCCCUAGAGGUCAAUCAUUCUUCUGUUUGAGAUCCACUUAACUUACAAGUGCGAUAUAUUCAGUUUCUAUCGGUUUGCGCUGACACAGAAAAAUGGUUUCGGGAGUAGAGGAAGGAGAACUCCUCAUGUUGUAAACCUGCUCCUAAGAGAGGAGAGAUAAGGAAGCUAGACAUGCUGGCGAAGAAAAGCUAGAUGUCUGGCUCAAUGCUGACUCUGACACUGUGGAGAAAUGAGUCCAGGGGUUUCCUGAGAGAGAAAUCCUUGGUGAUUUUUGGAGAAGAAAAAAAAAUUGGUUGUUCGAUCAACUUGGUUACUUAACCAGAGGACAUUGAUUCAAAUUAGUUGACCCUCUAACCCUUCCCCUUGUGUAGGCUCUGUGGUGUCACUGAGCAGUAGGUAGACCUAACACCCCAGGAUGUGAUUGUGACUAGAACACCCCACCCCCCUUUUUCCCCUGGACAGAUUAAACCCUGCUUCACUCUGUCUAGUUUGAAAUCAAUGUCUGGCUUAUCUGGUGUCAUCAUAGCAUGCCACCUGAAAAGCUCCUCCUACCUCCGCCUGCAGGCUCUUCCCACUUCACCUUUAAGUUCUUUACAUACACACUGCAUCUAAUUUGUGAUUGGUUUUAAGCCUGCAUGUCCAAAACAUAAACCAUUUCCAUUAACCUGCAUGGCAUAUGGGAAAAGCCCAUCUCCUUUGACAUGGUUGUGGGACAUGGAUUCAACCGUCUUAUCUUGGAAAAUGAAAGGUCGUGGUACUUGUGAGUCAUUGGCUUCCUAACUGCACCCGCUGGUUUUUCUCUAAAUGUGAAAGGGUGACGUGUCAUGAAUGCGCUUUCACAUCAGCACCUCAGAGACAUAUUGACAUUGUUGAUAUGACGGAAAUGCUUCUGACAUAACGCUGGCUGCCUCAGGACUUCUAACAGCUUCCAACUUCCCUGUUUCUGUUGCUAUGACUAACUAGAGCCGCCGUUUUUGGUUUGUUUUUUGGAUGUGUGUCUUUUUUUUUUCUUUUUUUUUUGACUGAGUUGACCUGCUCUUGACCAUGUUAACAGUCGCUCUAAAUUACAAUUAAUGCUGACUCUGAUCAUUUGUUUGUUUCUCCAUUUUUGCAGUAAUUACAGUAGUUCUGCGUGGAUGAGGAAGUACCAACACAAGGUCCAUUCUCACUGCUGAUUGAGUUCACCGAAAAGAGUUAGCACUAUAGGCCAUUUGGACUUGAAGACAUAAAACAACAAAAUACUAAAUGAAAAACACUGAUUUCAAGUAAAAAUCUAAUUUUCUUCUUCUUUCCUACUGCUUUUGAAACUUUUAAAUGUGACGUGUAUGUGAAUGACACAUGGUCUUCUCAUAUAUUUUUUUUCUUUUCGUGCUGCUGCUGGAAGCCAAUAUCUCACAAGUACAAUGAACUCAGCCUCUGAUUGAAAUUCGGACCAGAGUUCGUGAUAGGCUAAGGUAACCCUCCAAUAAGAAGCCAGGGGAAAUGGGGUUGUUUCUCAAUGUAAAUUCAACAAGCUGUUUUGUCUGGUUUUAUCCUUUUUUGUUUUAGUUUUUUUAUUUUCUUAACAUGUGCACUUUCAUUAUAUAGGACUAUAACAUACUAUUAUUAACCUAGGAAAGCGUGGUAGUACUAUGGUUUGUGAGUUAUUCAGUAUCUACAUAGGCUAUAAGACAAUAGGAUUAUACAUCCUCCUAUAUCGUCUCUGGAAUUUAAGACUCUUCAUUCUCCUAAAGUCACCACAAACCACAGACCUACUAUUUGACUUUAUCCUUGAGAUUUUAUCCAUCAAAUAAUCAUUCUUAAACUGUUAUGUUCCGUCAUAUAUUAUGCUGUUGGUUUUCUUUUAUGUUUGUUCUACUGCCAUGUUCUAUACAAAAAUCCAGGGUGAUCAAAUUCUGGGGUUUUUCAUGUAUUUAUUAUUCCUAGGAAUAGUUCAAAAUAACGCAAUGAAACUUGACAACGCUCUGACUCCGAUAGGUAAGUUGUGUUUGGGGAAAAAUUGAGUGACACAAUAUCGUUUUCCUAGCUUCUUACCGAGGGCGUUCCACUGAAAAGGGAUCACUGACCCUCCGAAUUCUCUGCAAGUGCAACAAUUAAAUUCCAAAUUGGAAUUGUUUCAUUCUCUCUUUGUUUAUCGUGCCAAAUCUUGGUACACCAUUUAGGUUGAAAAGAAUCAAGAAUCUGAAAGAAGACAAGCCGUCACUGAGAAAGGUGUAGUUUGGGCCAUGGCUUUCCAUGUGAGUGCCGGGGUUUUGUUUUUGGUUUGUUUAGUUCUUUGUUUCUGACCAGUAGUGCCUUUCAUUGUUUCAAGGGAGAAUCUAGACUAGUAUUUUAUGUUUCUUUUAUAGGUCAGGGCUCUGGGUUCAAAAUGACUGUGAGCAGCAAUAAGUGCAAAGGGAAUUGCCCCUUUCUGCAUGAGUGAGAUGAUAGUUUUAAAAUUAGCUCAAUAAAACUGAAAUUGCAUUGAAUUCUGUAGGUCAGUGAUCCACUCACGAUAUUCAGGGGUAUUGAAAAAAGGUUGUGUUUUUUUUAUCAAACUUUGGGAACCAAAAGAAAUCCCUUUGGCCUCCUAUUAUUGAACAAAAUGCUCCAAGCAUCUAUAAUGUGUUGGGGUAGAUCAGUGUACUAUUGGAAACAUCUACGUAUCUCUAGCUUUGUUUGGUGAAGGUAAUGUGAUAUCAAUAGUAUUGUUGAAAAAUGUGCAGAGAGCGCAUUUUAUCUUUCUUUUUGUCCAUUUGAGUUUUGUUUUGUUUUGGGUUUUUUUUUUUAUUCUUGAAUCUUUUUUACACCAUCUUUAAGCAUUGAGUUUUCAGGAAACAGAAAACAAUUUGCAUCAACAAGCUUGAAUCGUGCCAUUAUAGCCAAUGCUUGUUUGUUGAGGCAUUAAAAUAAGAAAAAGAUACGGACGAGAAGCUAAAAACAAAAAGUGCAAUUCAGAAACUGUUCUAAGUUAAAAAAAGAAAUAAAGUUUUCUGUUUGCUGGAAGCAAUAGCAUUGUGAUACUAAAUUAGCCGUGCAAACUUUAUAUUGUCAUAUUGUGUUUCAGUAUUGAUCCAUAAUGAGAGUUUGAUAUCUUUAUAUGAAAUAACGACUUCACCUGUAUGUUGGUAUUUAUUUGAAUUGUCAUGCAGUACUGUAUUCUUAUCAAUAAUGUGCAUUAUGAUUAGUGGCAUAUUGAUUACAGCUAAAUGUCAUGCAUGUUCCUCAGUCAUGGGACCUUUACACAGAAUUGAAAACAAACUUGUAAACUUUGUCAGGAUGGGGAAAAAAAGAAAAAAAAAAAUGAAAAAUGAAAAGAAGACAAGAAUUUAGUCUGAUGUAUUACUGCUGAACUAAUCCUAUGAAAGUGUUGUUUGUUUUCCAGUAGAGAGGUGGUCUGUCUGUGUAAAGGUAGUCAUACUGGCUAAAAUCAAUAAAUGUGACCUAAGUUC